AUGCCUAUGGACUAUUACUCUUCGCGACUGAAGGCUUCACCAGGUCUGGAGAAUUUAGCUGUGGAUAUCUUGAUCCAGAUACAAAAACAUCUUGAUGGAAAGGAUAUCAUCGUCCUGAGAAAGUCCUGCAAAAAGAUGCACGCCGUCACUCAACGACGCAUCGUGUGGCUAAAUGCGGUCAGACGCAUGUGUAGGCGACAUGGGGUGUUCGCACCAUCGUUCCCACUGGAAGACAUGUCCACCACAGAGCUAGAACACGCAUCUCUCUGUCCCUCACGACUAUCGUCACUCAUCCACAAUGGUGUUCCUUUGCGUUCUUUUGUAACACGAAUUCUUGAACCUCGUACGCCGAGUAUUGUGCCCACCGUUGAAGGGAAUUUGCACUGCAAAAAUGCCUUUCUCAUACCUGGAGGUCGAUUCUUAGUUGUCAACUCUACCCACCAUGGCAUAUGUCUAUGGGAUCUGGGUAUACAUGGUGGGAAGGCACCAAGGUUUAGGCCAGUAGCUGUCAUUCCAGAAUUGGAUCACAGCUUCCUGUGCGGCCCAACUCAAGACGGUCUUGGAAUCAUCCUCAUCUCAUGGCCUACCUCCAACCCAUCAGGCUCCAAUACUUCUGACAGAACACUUCGUGCCUAUGAGAUCUACCCUUGCAUGAACAGUCCGCGAUUUACCCUUUUGGGGUCGAUUCGAUAUCCUCAACAAGAUGGUCGCGUCGCUCGAAGCCCCGCCUUGUAUGACAACCUUUUGGUUUUUGAAUUGCACACCGAGGAUUCUCCAGAUUAUAUUGUCGCUUGGAACAUCAGGCUUGAUACAGCAAUUGCAUGGAGACAUGAUCAUCGAGGCUUAUACGACCUUGACGACGUGAUAAUCUAUGAGGGCGGUGUCGUCGUAAUCAAAAUGGAUGAGUUGUUUGUCUGGGAUAUACCUCCUUUGCGGCCACUUUUCAGAGGUAUAUAUGAAGUCAUCGAUCAAACCCCCCGAUAUGCCAUCACCCACCCUUUCCGUUCACAAGAAGAUUUUGUGGGAUCCUCCGUUUUGGGUCCUUGGUUCGCAAGCAUUGAUCCUCCCAUCUCGUUUGGAAUCCUUGGAUCCUUGGAUCCGGGUGAAAAGUGUGUCAUGCUGUGCUACACUCUCAGAUCAAUCAACCCAUCCCGGGACCCUAUUUUGCCAAUGCUUUUUCCCAUUAAGAUGGGGAUGGUGCCCAACUUGCCCAUAGAUACCAAUGCAGAUGGUGUUGACAUGAUCGAUUUCUCUGGACCUCUGCGGUACUGCGACGAUGAACUCUGCUACAUAAGCGCAUCGAUUCACAAGAUGUUCAUCAGCCUAAUCACGCCCCCGACCUCAUUGAAUGGACCAUCCUCCUCCAAGUCCUCUGCACUGUUCAAGAUGUCUGACCCGGGGGAGUUUCGUUCUUGGAAUUUUUGUGCAGCCUCGGGACGACUUGUCGUGGUGGAUGAUACCACUGGUAUCAUUCACAUUAUGGACUAUCUCGUCCCGCCCUCGUCCUAG